AGAAAUUGGCCAGUGCAGUUUGAUAAAGCAUAGAAAGACGAUGAUUAGUAUGAGUAACUGAAUGGAGUUAAAAAUAGUUUAAAUGUAAUUAGGUGUCAGGCGAGCGUGUAAGCUGAGAGUGAGAGAAACUUUACAGACAACCAAAGUCUUUACAAUGAAAUACAAGCAAAUUAAGGUAAAGUCAUCAAGUAUAAUAAAGGACAAAUUCCGUGAAAUAAUCAGUGAACUAGAAGUCUGAAUUAAUUUGAGCGAAAUUACCGAACGCUUUUGGAAGUUAUUCUCAGUUAUUCUUGUAUAUGUCAAUUAAGUAAACCAUAGAAGUCCAAUCUUUUUUUUCUGACAAACCACACGCACCAUAUACGCGACUAUACACGUUUCAGUAGUGUAGCAACUGCAGACCUAAUUCUAAAUUUCAUUUCAUUACAGAAUGCUCUGUACAUGUUGAAAGAGGGACUAUACGCACGUGUUGAAAAGAUAGUGCUAGGCCGCUAGCAUAUGCAAUGGUGAUGACGUUUGGGAAAAGAGCCAAAGUAGAGGAAUAGAGUAGUGGAAAGGGGGAGUUCUUAGUAGAGGUGUGGCUUCACACAAAAAUUGGUAGAUGCCCCUUUCAUUUUCUACAGUUUGGCUACCAGUCAGUCUCCGCUUACACCACGUUAGACAUCGUUUCCAAAUACUAGCUACAGUCUAUAGCAAAAGGAUGAAAUUACUGCUAUUAGUGGCGCAAACGGCGCUGUUUUUCUCGUCGUCGCUAUCAGAAGCUCCUAAUAAUUCGAAUUCCCCGUUUUUCAGCUGGAUUAAAGAGCUUCAGAAAGAACUUUUCAAUGUUCGUCAAUACAAUAAACAUGCAAGGCCAAUAUCAAAUGACAGUGAACAAGUUAUCAAAGUGGACAUGCAGUUUAGUUUCGUUCGGGCGGUCUUGAAUGAGAAGGAUAGCACAUUGGAGACCGACGGAUGGCUUGGAAUGCGAUGGGUGGACAGUAUGAUGAAGUGGGAUCCUACGGCCUAUGGAGAUUUGCGCAACUUGAAAUUAAUGUCGGAUCUGUUAUGGAAACCGGAUAUAGUGGUUUUUAAUAGUGUGCGAGGCUAUGAUCCCAUGCCUCCAUCCCAAUCUGUUCUUCUUUAUGACGGUGUGGUCUACUACAUACCUCGUCUAUAUUUAAUAACACCGUGCGACCUAGAUUUAACUAAAUGGCCAAACGGAUUUCAAAAAUGCGAAAUUCGGUUUGGUGCUUGGACUUUAGAUAGCAGCGAGAUAUUCCUUGGUGUUUUAGAAAACCAAACGAAGGCAGACCUUAAACACUACAAAGCUGGAAAUUUACAAUGGAAAAUUACGGAUACUACUAUUACAACAAACUCAUACUUCAACUGUUGCAGUCCUCAUUAUCAAGACGUUAUUGUCACUAUUCAGUUACACCGUCAAUCUUCAAUGGCAGAAAAAGUUGCCAUAAUUUCAUCUGUUGGUCUAUGGAUUCUUGUAUUGCUAACCUAUUGGAUGAGACCCCAGUCUACCGAUCGCAUGACGAUUGCAUACUCAUGUUCAUUUGGAAUGAUAUUCAUUUUUAUUUAUUUCUUAUGGAAAUUACCAACAGGAAAAAAUAUUCCUAUUGUCGUGAUCACUCAUUCCACGCUUUUAUUACUUUGCGGUUUGAACUAUGUUAUUACGAUGAUAAACCGGAAGAUUGCAGAACGGUCGUGUAAAUCGGUACCCCGAUGGAUCAACUUCUUUACGCGAAAUAGGGUUUUCGGUUUCCUACUUCGAACUAGAGUUUCACCUGACAAUGUUUUACAUCAGGUUUGCUUUGAAGUAGACGAAAACCCCAACACACCGUCGUCUUUUUCGCCCUUAAACUUGGUUGACCAACCGGUACCACUCCAAGGAUGGAACCAAUGUAAUUCAGCAGCACAUAGUUGGCAACUACUUGCUUCUAUUUCCGAUCGAUUUGCGUUUUUCAUUUGUAUGAUGAUUUCUUUUCCUAUUAUCGGGUAUACAGGUUUUGUAUCCAUAAUGAACAAUUAG